AUGGCUAGAUAUGCUUGGUAUACGAGAAUAUCUGAUAGUUUACAUCGUUUAACUGUCAUGACUCUAGUGGGAGGUACGCUGUAUAUGACAGGGGGGUUGGUUUAUACUCUUUAUAUGAAUGGUAAACGUUACGAAAAACAAAUUACAUCAGCACAGAAUAGUAAAUAG